UAUCAGUGCUCCCUAUAAUCGACAUGUCAGAAAGAUGUCAACAUGCCCGUAUUUAGGGGAGAUCCUUGUGGCAUUACUUGCCUUAUUCUUACAUAUACGGCAAUAUUUUAUGCAGACUAUGUUAUCAUACACUGGGUUGUUCUACAGACUAUGUCUGCCAGUUUAUGGGGUGCGUUUCAUGUAUUACUCUUCAAUACACUCGUGUUCCUAACAUGCAUGGCUCACGUUCGGGCAGUCUUCAGUGAUCCAGGCAUCGUUCCUCUUCCCCAGAGUCGACUAGAUUUCUCUGAUAUGCAUGCAGGAGGAGAUAAGAAUGAUGAUUGGACUGUUUGCGCACGAUGUGAAAUGUACAGACCUCCUCGUGCGCACCAUUGCCGCAUCUGUCAAAGAUGUAUACGCCGCAUGGAUCAUCAUUGUCCAUGGAUAAACAACUGUGUUGGGGAGUGGAAUCAAAAAUACUUCUUGCAAUUCCUCAUGUUUGUUGGACUCAUGUCAAUAUAUGCCUUAAGUUUGAUUGCAUACUCCUGGAUUAAGGAUUGCCCAGACUGUUCUAAAGAGAUGGCUGUUAAGCAGAGUAGAUUAUUACAUUCCGUUAUUUUGAGCAUGGAGAGUAUCCUGUUUGGUUUAUUUGUUAUAGCAAUCAUGUGUGAUCAGUUGCAAGCCAUCUUGAGUGAUGAAACUGCAGUUGAGCAGGUGAAGCGGCAAGGCCCUUACCGAGCACGUCGUCCCAAGACAGCUCUCCUCAGGGAAGUAUGCGGACGUAGCCAUCCGCUGUUGUGGGUUUUUCCAUGCACAAGUGCUCCCUUUAACUCAGAGGCAUCUUAUAGUCUGUCAGUUUAAAUAUCAUCCUACACUGGUAAUGUUUGAAAUCCUGUAUCUUAAGUUACUGUACUUCAAAAGUUAUUCCAUUAUUCAUAUGAUCACAAUAUAAUGUCAAACUUUUGACAUCUCAUCUAACAUUGGGCAAAUUCAUAAGGAAUACCAAAGUCUGUUAUGUUGUGAGUGUAAAUUUUAUUUGUUUCUUGUCACCUGAAAAAUUAAUACAUACUGCAUGUAUUAUUUAUAGUAGAUGUAA